UCGGAUCCAGCCCUGGUCCUGGGGGGCUGCCAGCCCUGGGGGGGCCGAGCUGGUGGCCUUUCUUAACCACUUAUUUACCUCCUGCCAGGGGAGCCAGGAUGGGCAGGGGACAGGACAGGUGCUUCCCCCCGUGUGCCCCCCCCCCCCCCGUGUCGCAAGAUAAACACAUCCACGCCCCGCGUGGGGCUUAUCGACUGCCGGCACAUUGCCCGGUGCGGGGGGGGAGCAGCUGGGACAGGGGACAGGGGAGCCUCCGCCACCCCACACCCCAUGGGAUGCUGCUGCUGUGGGGAAACUGAGGCAGGGCUGUGCGUGCCGGGCGCGGGGAGGAGAACGGGGAUAAAGGCCUUGCACAUCAAGAGCAAGAAAGAUGGUGAAGGAGACGGGAUACUACGACCUGCUGGGCGUGCGGCCGGGAGCCAGCCUGGAUGAGAUCAAGCGGGCGUACCGGCGCCUGGCGCUGCGCUACCACCCCGACAAGAACCCCAGUGAGGGCGAGCGGUUCAAGCAGAUCUCCCAAGCCUAUGAGGUGCUAUCGGACGCCCACAAACGGGCACUCUACGACCGCGGCGGGGAGCGAGCCAUGAAGGAGGGCGGCCUGGGGAGCCGAGGAGGGAGCAGCGGAUUCGGCUCCCCGAUGGACAUCUUUGACCUCUUUUUUGGCGGAGGAGUGCGGAUGCGUGGCCGGGCGGACAGGCGAGGGAAGACGGUGGUGCACCAGCUCUCGGUGUCGCUGGAGGACCUCUACAACGGCACCACGCGCAAGCUCUCCCUGCAGAAGAACAUCAUCUGUAGGAAGUGCGGAGGCUGCGGGGUGCGGGAAGGGGCGCAGAGGAGGUGCCCCAAGUGCCACGGCUCGGGCAUGGAGGUCCGCAUCCACCAGCUGGGCCCCAGCAUGAUCCAACAGAUCCAGACGAUGUGUUCCCAGUGCCAGGGCCAGGGCGAGUGGAUCCGGCCUCGGGACUGCUGCCUCACCUGCAACGGCCGCAAGGUCGUGCGGGAGAAGAAGAUCCUCAGCGUUCACCUGGAUAAAGGCAUGAAGGACGGGCAGAAGAUCACCUUCCAUGAGGAAGGAGACCAGGUUCCCGGCUUGGAGCUGGGGGACAUCAUCAUCGUCCUGGAUCAGAAGGAACACCCUGUUUUCAGACGCAGCGGUGACGACCUCAUCGUCAAGAGGGAGAUCAGCCUGGCAGACGCCCUGUGCGGCUGCCGACAGGUCAUCCGCACGCUGGACAACCGGACCUUGCUCGUCUCCUCCCAGCCAGGUGACGUUAUCCGACCUGGGGACCUGAAGUGUGUCCCCAACGAGGGGAUGCCUGUCUACAGGAGCCCUUUCCAGAAGGGAAAACUCAUCGUGCAAUUCCAGGUGAAGUUCCCCGAGCCCGGCUGGCUGCCCACCGACCGCCUGCGCCAGCUCCAGGCCUUCUUCCCCCCCCAGGAGGAGGUGAUGGCCACGGAGGACACGGAGGAGGUUGAGCUCAGUGACUACACAUCCCACAGCGGCCCGGGCCGGCGGCCCUACACCGGCGAAGCCUACCACGAAGACGACUUCGAGGACGGCAUGCGCCAACACGUCCAGUGUCAGACCUCAUAGCUGGGGGGGCCGGAGCCCCCCGCGCAUGGCAGCGGGCUCAGCCCCACGGGGUCACGGGGCAGGGAAGGGGGCUCGGAGAGCCGUCACGUUCAGGGAUGUACAUAGGUCGCCUUUCCGACAGCGCUGAACCACCCCCGACCCUCCCGGGGAGGCAGGCACGGGGCUGCCCCGCUUUGGGGGUCCCCCCAAACCCCCCUGCCAGGGGAAGGGGCCGGGGAUGAGGCCCCUCUGACCUGCCCUCGAGAGGGGGGGCUGCAUCCUCCCUUUGGCUCCGUGUUGGUGGAAGAGCCGCUGCUGCUGCGCUGGUGGGCUCGGUGGCCGCAUCCAGCCGUUGCCAGCCCAGCGGGCACGUCCCGCGCCAGGAAAGCUCAGCCCUGGGCUGAUAACG